AUGAAUCUAAAUUCUGAUUCCAUUCAAUUAGAUUCAUCAUUUUCGAUCGGUAAAAAUCGUGUAAGAUCAAUGGUUAAUCAACUUAAUGCUGCUGUAUCAUCAUCUCGUCCAACUAUUCCAUCGGCAACUUCUGCUAAACGUACAUCAAUUCCAUCAUCAUCGGUCAACGCUCGUCGUCCAGUCUCUUUGGAACCAAUAACUAAUUCAACAAUAUCAACUAAUAAAACUGCGAUAACACCACUAAGUCGUCCAUCACUUCAACGAGCAAUGACAAUUAAUAAUACUCCCAUAAUACCAUCGCCACCAUCAAUACCCCCAACAACGAAUAAUAAUAUUUCAUCGACUUACAAACGAAAAACUCCACUUAUUCGUUCAACAUCAAAUGUAAAAGAAGGUCUUCUUCGUUGGUGUCAAGCACAAGUUGCCGGUUAUUCUAAUGUAUCAGUAACUAAUCUUUCAUCAUCAUGGUCAGAUGGACUUGCUUUUUGUGCUCUAACACAUCAUUUUUUUCCUGAUGCAUUUGAUUUUAAUAGUUUAUCACCUGCAAAUCGUAAAGAAAAUUUUGAGCUUGCUUUUCAUAUUGCCGAAGAACGUGCCGGUGUACCACAAUUACUUGAUGUUUCGGAUAUGCUUCUUAUGGGCAAUACACCUGAUUAUAAAUGUAUAUUCACUUAUCUUAAUUCAUUUUUGGCUAAAGUUAAAGACAUUCAUCCAACAACUAACCAUGUUGAACAUCAUUAA